UUUUCCGACACAAACCUGCUAAUUAAUCGCUACACACUUUUCCCAUAAACACUUCGACCUAAAAAACCUCUUCGCAUAAUCCACCACCAUUUCUUCAAUUCCUUGAAAUAGCCACCAUCAUCUUCGUCUAUAACCAGCCACUUCGGUGCCUCUUGCCAUUAAUAACUUUCGAAAAUACUCAAACCGUAAUAAUAAACCAAGGCCGGUGAGAAGUGCGUCUUGUUGUAGAUGCAAUGCCGGUGGAUGUACAAAGACAACUGGCCGACUGCAUCAUGCGGUUGGCACCACUGGACGAAAUCCGAAUAUUACUGGCGUCUGGAGCAAAGAUCAACGAAGUGAGUGGGGGCUUGACGCCCUUGCACUAUGCAGUGUGGCAAGGGUACUGCGAAGCCGUGCGACUUCUUCUAACCAGGGGGGCCGACCUUAACGCCGUUGAUAAUUGUGGCUAUAGUUCUUUGCACCUGGCUGUGGAACACGGAAAUGUGGAAAUCGUGAACCUUCUGCUCCAGUCUGGAGCUAGAGUGAACUUUCACUUGUACCGAGAGGACGAUUGUUUGAAGAAAAGUCAACCGGAGGAACCGCUUCGUCUGGCGAUCAGAAACAACCACGUGGAGAUCGCGAGACUUCUCCUGGAACAUGGUGCCGACGCCAACAGACGCUACUUCUUCGGCACCCAAAUUAACCUAGUGACUGAUUAUAAGUUCCUCCAGUUGUUGUUAAAUUUUGGCGCAGAUCCCAACAGCAGAGACAGAUCCGGACUGACUCCGUUGAUGAAAGUAGUGAGGUUGCCUCAAGGGUUAGAAGCGGCUUUAAUUCUACUCAAACAUGGCGCCGACGUGACCGCCAUGACUGACGAGCGGCACGACUUCAGAACAGUACUACACUACGCCGUUCUAUCCGGAAACUACAAAAUCAUUGACUUGGUGCUAAAACAAGGCGCCAAAUUGAACUACGACGAGGAUUUUGAUUUAGGUAAGCCGAGUCCCUUGGAUUUGGCUAUCUUGAAAGGCGACCCGAAGAUCGUCGAGAUGUUGAUCCAUUCAGGGGCCAAUGUUAACUUCAGUUCGCCUAUAAUUGGGUCGCCUUUGCAUGUAGCGUGCAGCGAUAGCGUUCCCAACAGAUGCGAGAUUCUUCAGAUGUUGUUGAAAGCUGGUGCUAACCCUAAUCUAGAAAUCUACAAGCACAAGCAACACGUUUCUCAGUUGAGGCCCGUUUUGGUGGAGUAUCUAGCGAGUAAUUCGAACCCGAGUUUAGCAGUGGUGAAUCUUCUUCUUAAGUAUGGGGCGAAGUUGCUGCCGAAAACUCAAUUUCGGGAUCCUAACGGAGUUCUAAAUUCUCUGCUCAACGUGAUCUACACCAACAGAGAUUCGAUUUUGUUGCUUUUGUUGCAAGCAAACGAGUCUCUGGAUGUUUGUAUGCUUAGGAAGAGGAGUGUUGCAGUUUUAGAUCAAGAGACGAUUUUGUUUCGAACGGUUAGGUGUCCCUUGAGUUUGAAACGACAAGUUCGCUUGUAUUUAUGGAAGGUUUUGGGAGGGAAUAGGGUUAUGGAUUUGGUUGAAAGUUUCGAGUUGCCAAAAUGUUUGGAGAAGUUUUUGCUUUUUUAUAAUAGCUGAGUGGUGUUGUUUGGAUUGUUACUUUUCAAAUUCUGGAAUUCCAAGAUGUGAUAGUAGGUCUAUAUUAAGUUGAAAGUGGUUUGUUUCUUCAGUUUGUACCUGAAAGUAGCAACAUUUUUCAGUUUGACCAAAUGUAUGUAAAGUUAAUUUCUGAAUAUUGUUUGUGACGAAAUGAUAAAGUUGUGUAUAUUUUAAAAGGGUGGUGAUGCAA